UUACUGUUUAAAAUAAUUAUAUUCUGUCUAAAAUGACAAUUGAAAAGACUAAAAAUGAUGAACAAAUUUGUAAAAUUUAAUAUCCAAUAAAUGACAGUAAUUUCGAUAACAUUGUAAGUGCAACUUAUUCGUUCCGAAUAAUCUUAAACAAAACUCUCGUUGAUCCGGGAGUAGAGCCUACACGGUCUCCGCCGCGUUUGUCCGUUUAAGAUGACGUUUUGCACAUCCGUCCGGAACGCUUGGCCUACAGGGUGCGAACAAGCAAUCGCUCGAGCGAUACAUCACUCGGAACGUACGUGCGCCGAGUUCGAGCGAUGAACAACCGAGGAUGUUCAACCGUAACGGUGCUAAUAGUGGGCCAGCGGCACGCCCCGCGCUAUGUUACUAUCACGGUGAUAGAGCGCACGCACAGCGACUUGGGUGCGUCGUCAACGUGAUCGCCGGAGGUGGACGGAAGGAAGAAAAAAAAAAGCCUCCACAACAAUUCGGUUGGCGGUCACCGCAUCGUCCAGUGUUGUAUCAUCUACCGGUGUGUAUAUGCGGCGAUGCAUAAUGUACGCGUUACGUGCCGAGAACGCGAUGAGAUAUUGAUAAGACGGUGGCUGAUAAUUAUUAUAUGCGCAUCUAUUAUCAAUAUUAUCAUUAAAUUAUUCCAAUCAUUUAAAUUUGAAUUUUUUCGCGGAUAAUUUGUAACGUCCGCGAACCCGGUCGGCGGCGCCCGGUGAGUACACGGUUCCCGCACGGCCGUCCGUUGCGGUCGGCCUGGCUGUGGUUCCCGUGCGUGCGGCUCUGAUCAGCAAGUCACUUUUGUUCGCCUUACAGAUGGUCAACGGUUGCGAGAUGAACGGCGGCGCUGCCACGGCCGUGGUGGUCGCCGCGGUCGAACCGUCCACAUCGGCCAGGUCCAAGCGUCGGGUGCGCGGCAACACCAGCCGUACGGUUACACUGCAGAUGCUACUCGACACCAGAAUACUCGAGCCCGGUGACUCGGUGUUGUCCCUCGAGUACAUGGGUCAACGAUUUGAAGGAGAUUUAUUACCAGAUGGUAAAAUUCGAUCAGUUGAAACAUUAAAUGAAUAUGCAUCUCCUAGUGCAUGGGCCUACAACUGUAAAAGCAUAAUUAAUAAAAUAAAAAAAGCUGGUUGCGGAUGGUCAUCUAUUCGAUAUAAAGGAAAAAAACUGGAUGCAUAUAAACAUGCGUAUUUUAGAAAAAGAGAAUCUUCAAAUGUAGAAUCCAUAAAGCACAAUACAAUACAAGUAGAAGAUAUGGAAUCUAAUGAUAUGAAAUAUAAAACUCAAAAUGAGAUAUUACCAUCGACAUCACCAAAUGAUUCAUCCAUUGCAAAAGAACCUAUAAAAUUUAGUGAAAUACGUUCGAGAUCUAGCAAUCAAAAUCUCAAUACAUUAGUGGAAUGUACUAAUUGGUCAUAUAUUAAUAAAGUACAACCAUUUUAUGUGAACAUAUCAGCAAAUGCUACAUUGCUUCUAGAUUUUCAUUGUCAUUUAACAAGUUCAGAAGUUGUUGGGUAUCUUGCUGGAUAUUGGGAUUUUCCAACUCAAACGCUAACCAUUAAAAAUGCAUACCCGUUCAGAAGUCGUUUACAUGAUACAGAACUCACUUCAUUAAUUGAAGAAGAAAUAAGAAAUACAUUUACAGCAAAAAAUAUGGUAUUAGUUGGAUGGUAUCAUUCACAUCCUGAGACUAUUGCUACACCUACAUUAAAAGAUAUUGAAGCCCAACUUGAUUAUGAAGUACAAAUAAAAGGACCAACUGUUGAAUCCUACAUUCCAUGUGUUGGGAUUAUUUGCUCACCUUAUGACAAAGGUAAAUCAACUUUUGAUUCAACAAUUACAUGUUAUUGGGUAUUACCAUCAUUCGAAAAUGAAAUUCAUAACUAUGGACGUCCGAUGAACAUGAAUUUCACUACUAAACCAGAAAAAUCAUUAUCACUAGAUAUAGUUAUGGCAUUAAAAAAAUGUGUGGAUUUUAAUAAGUAUGAUCCAGAUUUUAUAAAUUUUAAAAAUAAAUAUAAAAAUGAUGUCACAUAUUUGGAAAAAUUAAAGAUAUCAUUGACUGACAAAUUUCCAGAAGAUGACACAAUACACAAAUCAUUAUGGAAUUUCCUCAGUGAAAUAGUUUGUACUGGUAGUUCAGGCGAUUCGGCAAAAAACAAUUUACAACAUUUAAUAUCUAUCAUAUCUUCACGUCAACUGUUACUGUCAACAUCAUGUUUUCAGACACACAGUUCUUUAUCUGAACAUUUGGAAUCUCAUUUGAAAUCUUGUAAUGCUAAUAAUCUUGCAUCAAAUGAAAUGCCUACUACUAGUGAUGCAUCAAAAAUAACCUCAGAAAGUAUAGCCAGUUCUCUAUUUAAUGAUUUAGAUUUUUCUAAAGCUAUGUCUUUAAUAGGACUUUCUCCAUCCCGGUAUCAAACCAAUCCUUUAAAAUAGGUUUAAAGUACUUCUUAAUUUAAACAUUUGUUGUAUCUAUAGAAUCACUGAUAUAAUUAUUAGUAGGAUAUAAUAUGCAAUAUGUA